AUGAUGGCAAGGCAAGGGAGAGACCAUGUCAUGGUUCCCUCGAGAGGUUAUCCUGGUGUGAAGCGUGAGCAUGUUCCCGUCGUGAGACCAACCCGUCAAAGCAGUAGUAACGAAUUCAUUGAGUUGUCGAGUGACAGCGACCAAGAAGAGGGUCCGUUAGACCAUCCAAGACCAGACAAAGACGUUGAGCCCAACACGGAGUUGCCACGGAAUGCUAUUGCCAAUAAUGGUGCCACAGAUGAUACUGCUGGUGUGGCCCAAGGUAUCCAAUUAUCUUCCAAUAAUGUGAUCAUGGAGGAUGCUUCUCCUCCAGAUACCCAACUACCAAAUAGUGGUACCGUGGCCCCCAUCGCUGCUACCCCUCCUCCUACUGCCAACCGAAAACGACCGAGGGGCUCUGCCAUCGAUUGUAUCUCUCUUCCAACCAAAACGGAGCGUUUGUUUCAUGGAAACAACAAAGUCCUGGCUCCUUGGGCAUUAAAGACCUACUUAUAUUUUCAACCACAGAACCGACGAGAGCUCAAAAUUGACAACUGGGCGUUACUGCCUCCUGAAGCCAAGAGACUUGAGGAGCCUCUCAUUGUUAGAAUAUCGGCCAAGAACAAGAAAAGGCCGGUAGUGAUACAAUACGAUCAAGUAGAACUGGCCAAGGAAAAACCUAACCGCUAUGGAAUUCAGCUAAAGAAGAGAAAGAGCAGCAGCAGCAGCAAACCCACUAUUAUUACUGAUCACGACGACGACGACAAAACAACCACCAGCAAGAAACCCAUUCAACACGUCCUCUUGGCAGCCUUUGCUCGGAAAGAAAACAGCAUUUACAACAACAACAAAAAUAAUGAGACCACUGCUACUACUACUAGUGACAGUCCCACCCCCAGCAGUUCACAAGAUAAUCACGACAAUAGUCGAAUGCAAUUGCAAGAAUGGUUCCCAAAUGAUCCCUACGAAACCAUUCUCAAUCCAACAGAACAAGAAUUGGCAUGGCUCUUGGAAGAGUGUCGCCACUGUCUUGGAGCCAACAACAACAACAAUAGUACCAACAACACGACAACAACACCUGACAAAAAGGACCACCAGUGCAAUUUCAUUUGGGAAUACGCAUCACCUUCGUUAAAAGUGGAGCUACGAGCUUUGGAAGAUAUCACGGAUAACAAUCAUCUCCAAUCGUUGAUUCGAUGGAAGGAACCAUUGGUGGCGGGACGCAUGGAUGUGGUCCAACGCCACAUUCGACAAUUGCUGCGAAAUGGAUUUCGACGACUGCACAUGAAGCGAGUGAUUGCCGUGCUGCGAUUGCAAACGAAUUAUGAUGUUAAAAAGCAGGGAUAUCCUGUUCCAGACUUUUGCAAUACCAAAUAUCAGUACCAUCCACAACGACAUGCCGUGGCGAGGAAUACUUCUACUACUAGUAGUAAUUCACAACAACCACGAGAAGACAACAAAAAGGCGCCCGAUGAGAAUAUCAACUGA